UUAUCUGACUUUCAUUGUGUCUGGUCACAUCAUGGAAAGAACUGACGGUGUCUCAGAUCCAUUAAGUGUCCCACAACCAAGACACUGCGCCAUGUCAAAAUGUGUUUAGUGAAAAGGGUCUGCUCCAAAUGGAAACGGCACAAUACCUAGCUCCGCCUAAAAGCAUGCAGCUAUCGAUUAGUUCCAUCUCACAGCUCAUUCCAUUAUGUGCUCUUCUUCACUGAAGUGGCAGCCUGUUGAGCUGAGCUCGAACAGUGACGAACUCAGAAGCACCUGAGAGCGCGCCUCCGUGUCCACCUCAUCCUUACGGGCAGCAGAGAGAAUACUUGUGAUGUUAUAGUCUUGGCGCUCGACCAGCUGAUUCUGUUGAUGGGGGUGGGAGGUCUGCUUUCGAAAAUGUAAUGAUGGGCUAAUCCUUUCGCAUGCGUACGAGUGCUGUUGCCAAACGGAAGGCUCAAAACCAAACCGCCAUCUGUCCGGGAGACACAGUUUGUUCUGACGAGAACAAGGCAGCGCCUCGCCUUUUACGCACAGCGCGAACGCGGCAUCACACCAGAGUCCGAGCUGCUCCUCGCCUCUUCGUGAAGGUUUAACGCGCAGCACUCAAUUGCUUUGCUUUUAUUGUGCUAUUUAAGAUCUGCAAAUACGUUUUUUUCUUCUCUUUAAUCUGUUAAGUUUCUAGACUUCUCGCUUCUGUCGCGCGUAAAAUCCGGCUCGGUGCGCUUGGAAGAAAAAACGACGAAGAAAAUCAGCUUUCAUUCCUCGGAUAUUUUUGAGCUGAUUAAAGAAGAUGGAAAACUUCACAUCGGCCCCGAAGCUGAACCAAACGUUGGGCCCCUGGCUGGACAACAGCAUCCAGUACAAAGUCAUAAGUAGUUUGCUGCUAUUUGUGAUCUGCGCGGUGGGGAUCGUUGGCAACGUGAUGGUGAUCCUGGUGGUGCUCACCACCAAACACAUGAGGACUCCCACCAACUGCUACCUGGUGAGUUUGGCCGUGGCUGAUCUCAUGGUGCUGACAGCUGCUGGCUUGCCGACCAUCAUGGACAGUAUUUUUGCGUCUUGGGUGUUCGGCCACUACGGGUGCCUGUGCAUCACCUACUUCCAGUACCUCGGGAUCAACGCCUCCUCCUGCUCCAUAACAGCGUUCACCAUAGAGAGAUACAUCGCCAUCUGCCACCCGAUUAAAGCCCAGUUUCUGUGCACUUUGUCCAGAGCAAAGAAGAUCAUUUUAUUCGUUUGGGCUUUUACUUCCGUUUACUGCCUGAUGUGGUUCUACCUGUCAGACAUCCAGGAGCUGGUCUACGACAACAUCACCAUCAUCUCCUGCGGCUACAGAGUGUCCCGGAAGUUUUAUUUACCCAUUUACUUCUUCGACUUCGGCGUCUUCUUCGUGCUGCCGCUGCUGCUCUCCGCCGUCCUGUACGGACUCAUCGCCCGGAUCCUGUUCCUCAACCCGCUGCCCUCCGACCCCAAAGACAAGAAGAAGAACGGACACAACAACCACGCGGUCAACAAGAGCACCAGCUGCAAGAACUCCCGUCACUCCAGCUCCACGGCGACCUCCCGCAGACAGGUGACCAAGAUGCUGGCGGUGGUGGUGAUCCUCUUCGCCGUGCUCUGGAUGCCGUACCGCACCCUGGUGGUGGUCAACUCCUUCCUGGACCAGGCCUACCUGGACCACUGGUUCCUGCUCUUCUGCCGGGUCUGCAUCUACCUCAACAGCGCCAUCAACCCGGUCAUCUACAACGCCAUGUCGCAGAAGUUUCGCGCCGCCUUCCGCAAGAUCUGCCGCUGCGGCAGGAAGGGCUCGGACAAGCCGGCCACCUACAGCGUGGCCCUCACCUACAGCGCCGUGAAGGACACGUCCGUGGUGGAGAGCACCGACCACUUCACCACGGAGCUGGAGGAGCUCACCGUCACCGACGACCUGCUGUCGGAUCAGAAGAUGAUGUUCCCGGACCCCUGCGUGUACAGGAAAGUGAACUACAGCGACGCCUGAGGGUGGCUUGGAGGGCCGGCGAGAGGCGGACCCGUGGGUCAAUCGAGGGAUUAAAGACUCUGAAAAUGUCGCUUAAUGGAGUGUGUUAAGUGGGGAUGUUUGUUUCCUGAGUGCCUGGUGACCUUUUCAAAGACAGACUGCUGCAGCCAGAGAUGUAAACACGGAUCGCGGGCCGCUGAUGCGUAAUGACGGUCUUUGAGGCGCAAAGGCAAACACGCUCUUCUCCAGAGAGCGACCCCGGACCCUGAGAAACAUCCACAGAGCAACGCUCUCAAGUCUCGCAGCUCUUAUCUCGGAUCGGCCCACGUCAUGAGUCAACAAAACAUGAACCACUUUGAGCAGACACGUUUUUGGACGUUUCGAAGCUGCAGAGGGCACGUCUGCAUCUCCAAAUGACACCGAGAGGCAAGAAACUGCCCUCAGCACCUUCACUUUUACCCACUCAGCUUGUCAGAGGUGUUUGAUGGCAAAGAAAACCAAAGACUCAACAGCACCAAAAAGAAUCCUGAUCUCACCUCAUCUUCAAAUCUUUUGAUUCACUGCUUAAAAGAAUUAAUCAGCUUCAUCCAGACUCUGGGGGUCAGGCUGAGAACAAAAAGCGAAUUUUCACACUCUUGAAAUUGAAAAAAUAAAAUCUAAAAAUCCUCAGCAUCGACAGCUUUUAAUGACUGCAUGCGGCCCCGCUCCCCCGAUGUUUCCAGGCCAGGCGGUUCAUUAGAAAGAGCGAGUGAGUCACACCGAGGACCUUCGGUGACAGAACAGAAACUCUAUUUUUGCGGCGAAGGACGGACGCGCGGCCUCGAAAACGAGAACAACCAACCAAGACGUGGGCUGAGCCGAGAUGUUACGGAGGCCUGGGAUUACAUCUCCGCUGGGGAGGACAGGUCGGGGCGGGGGGGGGGCAGCAGACGUACGUGAAGCACUCGCAACGUGAUUUUCUAAAAGUGCCACAAAUGAAGUUCAUCACGUGUUCCAGUGAGACGUAAUUUAUAAGGGGUUUAAAAGCUGUCACCAGGGGCUUUAAAAUGUUUUUUUUUUGACCUAUUGUUUAUUGGUUAUCUCUUUAGGCUGGUGUGUACACAUCGAAAGAAUUUAUAUUUUAUCAGCCUAUUGUGAUUUUAUCUCAUCGACAUCACCCAGCACGAGAAUCUGUGGGCACUGUUAGGUCACAGAGACCUAAACAAAGCAAUGCACUAUUAUUUGGGACCCAGACAGGGGUGUCAUCAGGAAUUUCGGGGCCCCUUGAACCCUUGAAAGACCCCCCUCCCCCCUUUUUUUUUUUUAUAAAUAAAUCAUGGUUCUGUUGCCAUGGCUACCAGGGCCAUCACUGCUGCCUCGGUUAAAUGAUGGUUAAUUUCUACCACUCAUAAACUAGAGAGGGUGCACACCUUUGUUUCAGAAGAACUGGAUAUUAGCAACCUUUUUUGUCCGUCCCCUCUCUUUUUUUAAGAAAAAAAAAAAAAAACACGACUUUCCUUUCCUUUUUUUUUUGUUGGUCAAUAUUAUUUACCUUUUGAUUUGCUGAUAUUUAAUUUUUACUGCCAAAAUCGAGCGAAAACAAAGAGAUCUCUUAUUUUACUACUAUUAUAUAUAUAUUAUAUAUAUGAUUUUUUUUUUUACCUACCUAUCUUUGGGAUUGUCCUAACCUUUCCCCACCACUGGUUAAGGCCAUAGCUUUAGUUUCAACUUAUAAACCCUUUAUAAAUCACGCCUGAACAGACGCUCUCAAAACGUUCUCCCUACGAUUCUCUCUCAUUAUUGUUUGAGCAGCAGCAGCAGCAGCAGCAGCAGCUGUGGUCGUGAAGCUCGUCCGUGCAGCGCUGCACAGACUUGGUGUGACAUUUAUAUAUAAUUUAUAUAACAUGCUGAUGCGGCUCCGUCGGUGUUGGUGAUUUUCGAAUCCGAGGCUAAGUGAAUGUGGUGUUUUCUCGUGUUGUGUGAACAGCGGAUUUCAACGAACCAUGGCUUCGCUCGUGUCGCUCUUUAGCUGUGAAAGCCAUCUGCGAACGUAUUUCUGAGCAGACUAUGCCACGCGGGUGGGGGGGGGGCAUAAUUGGGCUGCAACUCAGCGGAGGAAGAGUUUUCUGAAACGGUUUCACUCGCGGCUGAAUGCGGGAGACAACAGCUAGAUUUUGCUUUAUCGUACCAAUCGCGUACAGGCCUUGGAGUAUCAGUGGAUUCAUGCGUUCCUGUGUUCGUGUCCCCCUGUGUAAUCUCAAGUGGUUGUUGUUUAUGGUUUGUUUGUCUGGUGGAAAAAAUAGAAGUCACACUUGCUUUGAUUAUUGCAAACAAAGACAUUAUUUUGUGGUGUACUAUUUGGAAGCUGCUGUUUUUGGUCUCGCUUCUUAGACUGGUGUGAUCCUGUGAGUGUUUGAUGGUUAUCUAUCUAGAAAUCGUUUGUAUAUUUUUUGUCUUUCUGUUGAAAAUAAAGUUAUUUCUUGAAUU